AUGGCUCCCCCGGCCUCCAGCUCCCCAGUCCUCGGCGGACCCCCCGACAAGGCCAGCGCGGCCAUGGAUGUCAAUGUUGGGAGCUUCAGCGACGAGGAUGAUAUGCCAGGAAUGGCCCACGCCGUCGAGCAUCUCCUCUUCAUGGGCAACAAGAAGUACCCGGUGGAAAAUGCGUACCAUCAGUACAUAUCAGCCCAUUCCGGGUUGACCAACGCCUAUACAGCAGCAACGUCUACAAACUACCACUUUGAGGUGUCUGCCAAACCCAGCAACGAAGAGGAGCCAUCGGCGACGAACCCUUCGCCACUGCUGGGUGCCCUAGACCGCUUUGCCCAGUUCUUCAUCGAACCCUUGUUUCUUGAGAGCACGCUGGACCGCGAGCUCCGGGCCGUGGACUCGGAGAACAAGAAGAACUUGCAAAGCGACCAAUGGCGUCUGCAUCAGCUCAAGAACCGAUAUAUCAGUCAUCUCAUUGGCCACGAGGGCCCUGGGAGCAUCAUGUCGUACAUCAAGUCGAAAGGCUGGGCGAACGGCCUGUAUGCAGGAGCAGGCCCUUUCACCCCGCGCACCCCAGAGGUUUUGAAAUCCCAAAUAACGUUAACAGAGGAGGGUCUCAAAAACUACAAGGAGGUCGUGAAGGUUGUUUUUGAAUACAUUGCUCUCCUACGCGAAACGGAACCGCAGGAGUGGAUAUUUGAAGAACAAAAGGGCCUAUCCGAAGUCAACUUUAGGUUCAAGGAGAAGACGCAGUCAUACCGCUUCACAAGCAAGCUCAGCUCAUUCAUGCAGAAGCCACUGCCGAGGGAGUAUCUGCUGAGCGGGUAUAGCCUACUACGCAAGUUCGACCCCAGCUUGAUCAAGGAAGGUCUCGACUGCCUGCGCCCGGACAACUUCCGCAUGACGAUCGUCUCCCGCGAUUUCCCUGGAACAUGGGAGAACAAGGAGAAAUGGUAUGGCACGGAAUACACGUGCCAACCUAUCCCGACCGAGCUUAGGGAAGAGAUCAAGAAGGCGGCAGCCAGUGGGCCUAAGAACCGAACGGCCAAGCUCCGUCUUCCGCACGCAAACGAGUUCGUGCCGACCAAGUUGGAGGUUGAGAAGAAGGGCGUUAAGGAGCCCGCCCUUGCCCCACGUAUUGUCCGAAACGACUCUCACGUCCGGACUUGGUUCAAGAAGGACGACACCUUUUGGGUCCCGAAAGCAACACUGAUCAUCAGCUGCAGGAGCCCGGUGGCCACCGGCUCGGCGGCGGGCCGGGUGAAGUCACGUCUCUUUACAGACCUAAUCAAGGAUGCCCUGGAAGAGUACUCUUACGACGCUGAGCUGGCCGGCUUGGAGUAUACUGUGACGCUCGACUCGCGGGGCUUGUACAUCGAGAUCUCUGGUUAUAACGACAAGUUGGCAGUCCUCCUGCAGCAUGUCCUUAUCACCACACGCGACCUUGAGAUUCGCGAUGACCGAUUCGCCAUCAUCAAAGAACGCAUCAGCAGAGGGUACCGGAACUGGGAACUCGCCGCACCCUGGACCCAGAUCGGCGAUUACAUGUCCUGGUUGACUAUCGACCAGGGUUAUGUGGUCGAGGAACUCGAGGCCGAACUGCCUCAUAUCACACCAGAUGCCCUCCGCGUCUUUCAGAAGGAGCUACUGGCCCAGAUGCACAUGGAGAUCCUCGCCCACGGAAACAUCUACAAAGAAGACGCACUCAAGCUGACAGACAUGGUCGAGUCGACGUUGAAGCCUCGGGUUCUCCCACAAGCGCAGUGGAAGAUUCGCCGUGGGUUGAUGCUCCCGCCCGGAUCCAACUACAUCUGGAAGAAGAAACUCAAGGAUCCUGCCAAUGUCAACCAUUGCAUCCAAUACUUCCUCCAUGCAGGGUACAGGGGGGAUUACAACGUCCGAGCCAAGGUGCUGUUGCUCGACCAGAUCGUCCACGAGCCAUGCUUCAACCAACUUCGCACCAAGGAACAACUCGGCUACAUUGUCUACUCGGGCACCUGGACCAGCGUCACGCAGUAUGGGUUCUACUUUGUCAUUCAGAGCGAGAAGACGGCACCGUAUCUAGAAACCCGAAUCGAGGAGUUUCUGAAGACAGUGGCCACGACCCUCGAAGAAAUGAGCGACACCGAGUUCGAGAGCAACAAGCGCAGCAUCAUCGACAAGCGUUUGGAGAGACUCAAGUAUAUGGAGCAAGAAAGCAACAGGCACUGGACUCAUAUCCACUCCGAGUUCUAUGCCUUUGAUAACGCUCCUCAGGAUGCAGAGCACAUAAAGCCGCUAACCAAGACGGACAUGAUCGAGUUCUUCAACCAGUACAUCCACCCUAACUCGCCAUCGAGGGCGAAGCUUGCUGUUUACCUCGAAGCCCAGGCCAAGAGCGACGUGUCAACGAAGGAGAUCUCAGAACUCAUCAAGACGCUAGAGCUUGACUCGAAGGCUGCUGGCAAGGCCGCUGCUGAUCUCCAGGCCCGGUUGAGUGCGGCCGACCACGACGUUGACAAGGAGGUGGCAGGCCUCCGGGACUACCUCCUCCACGACCUGAAGGUGCCGGAAGGCAAGAUUGACGUGGCGGCCGAGGCGUGGAAAAAGAUCCACGCUGAGCAUGGGCCCGGAAACGAUGUCGUUAAGGAUGCGGAACCGCCUUCGUCGAACGGGACAACGCCAGUCUUCAUUGAUGACGUGCGGUCUUUCAGGGCGAGUCUUCCCGCUAGCAGCGGGGCCAAGCCUCUGAGGGAUCUCAGCGAAUAUGAGGAUCAUGGUGCAAAGCUCUGA